AAAAGGUGUAGACUAAUUUAGCAAACCAAAAACACCCGCGCAAAUCGUGCUGGUCCAAAACACCGCAUAACAACCAGCUCCAGCGGUUUGAGUUCCCGGCAAGUUGGCACACUUCAUUUAGCAGAUGGUCGAUCUGGAGAUGUAAGACGCUGCCUCAACAUAAGCACAGGACCAAGGACACAAGCUGCCUUCAUCCAAGGAAACCAGAGCACAAUGGAACAUAAUCCCUCCCACUCAGCACUCUUCUAUCUUUUCCAAGAAGUUUCCAAGCUGUCGUCUCCCAUCCACAGCAGUUUCCUGGACACAAAUUCAACCUCCACAUGGCUAAAUGAGACUUCGAUGCAAGGUCCUUUCAUAGUUAAACAAGAGGAAGAGGAUGCACAUUCGUUUCAAAUCUCUAGUAGUUCCUGCCAGCACAGUUUGUCUGAUAUGUCGCCUCAUAUUCAGAUGAAAAAAGUGAUGGAGGAGAGUCACAGCAGCAAGGUCGCAACUUUAGUUGAUUCGCAUCCUGAACGCAACAGCCCCUGGAAAGUACUGAGUAUGAUCAACCUGCAGUGUGAGAGGCUCCUGCAUCACAGUGAUGUAGAGGAGUCAGACCCAGUAACAUCUACCACAAAAUUAGGCCAUUCAAUAGCAUUAGCAUCGACUGCUACAGCAGAUGGAACAGAGCAGGGAGUUGGAGGUGAUUGUGUAAAUGUCAAAUGUACUUUGAGACCAUCUUCUCUUAUCUAUGAGAGACAAGAAAUCCCAGCCUGUGUUAGCCUUGUGGAAGAUGUGAGAGAAACGGCCAGUAGUUUUAAACCACAGUGCCGUGUAAAGGAUUCCAAGGUGGGCUGCUGUGUUCAGUCACAAACUGCUGAAAAAACAAAAACAAAGGAGGGCAGGUACAGUGUUAACAGCCAGUUUGAGUGGAACCAGGAGUUUAGGGAUUGUUUCUCCUCUGAACAAGAUAUUUUAAAUGUACCCUUCUCUGAAAAUGCUUUAUCAACAACUCACAUCCACAGUGCAUCCCUUAAUACCCAGCUGACUUUUAAUUCAAAUGAAGAUGCAUGUGUAGCUCUGUCAAAGCCUGCACUAACACUAGACCACAAUGCAAACGUUACUUUGGCUACAGAGCCCUCAUGUGACACCCAGCUUCCCCCUCCAUGCCCCAUCAUGCGUUCUUCACAAUCUGUAUCAUUCUUAUUUAGCACUACAGGGACACAUCACUCAACCUCAAAACGAGAUGACAAAAUCACAGCAUUGAAACCAGAAGGUACACUUGCUCCCUUAGAGGAGACAUCCCGUUCUUUUGCACAAGUUAAGUCCUCAAGCUACCAUGAUGAAACAAACCCUGCACCUUCUGCAACAUCAAAACCAGAACCCAGGCCAGUGCAAAAGGAGGAAAUUUCUCUUCCGUGUACCCACCAGAGGAGAACCAAGACUCCUAGAAAACAGCCUCGUCCCAGCCGGAGUGCUGAUAUCCAAGACCCAGACUUCCAGGGAGUGACGUUCAGGAUGGACACGGAGCUGGACGACAGCAGGGAACAGUGUCGGCUCCUCAUAACUUCAAAGUACAGCAAAGAGCUCUGCAAGAGUGUAAGAAAACCAAGGCUGAGGACACGGACGUCCCAGAAAUUUCUUAAAGCUAGCAGCUCGGACGAGGAGAGCGACCCGAUGACUAGUGUUUCCAAGUGUAAAGUCUGUGCAUCGUGCUGCACCAGGAAGACCCCCAUGUGGAGGGAUGCAGAGGACGGGACCCCACUUUGUAAUGCUUGUGGAAUAAGGUAUAAGAAGUACAGAGUGCGCUGUGUCAACUGCUGGCAUAUCCCUAGGAAAGAGGGCAACUCCAACUCAUGCUGCCUCAAGUGUGGAAACUUCGUGAGGCUGACCUCAGCUCAGCGGAAACACACCACCUAGGGAACAUGCAUAGAGCAAAAGGUUUUUAUGUCCACAUGCGACAACGCUCUCCACACACACUUGCACACAACAGUUCUAUUACACUCUGUGCUCCCUUAGUUCUUAGUGCUCUAACAUUCACUUCAGAUGUGGAUGCAAACAUGGAGGAGCAGAACCAGCUUUUUACAUAUUACUUGACUCAGAGUAUUUAUAUUAGUUUCACUGCUACAAUGUUGUACCUCCAGCAGUAGCAUUAAUUCCCUUGAUGCUGUAUACACCAGGAAAAAAAACAAAUGGUUAAAGAAAACCCAGAUAGGAAAA